UACCGCUGUCGACCCGAAGUAGCAAGUCCAAGGAAGCCUUUCCGAGGACAAAAAGAAAUCCAGAAAUAAAAGGGGGAGGGGGUCAGAUCGAUUCCUUGAGAAGAUGAAAUUCGGCUAUUAAAGCACAGACCUAUGUUACUUGCUGUUCUCCCUCCCUUUCUAUUUCGCCUUUAAUCAGCCCGAGUGCCUUUUUCUCUUGGGGGGGGGGGGGAGAAGAAAAGAAAAAGGAAAAACAAAGAAAGUAAAAAAAGGAAGGGGAGUAAAACACUGACACUUAAAUGUAAGAAACAAUUCCAAAGAUGCUGGCGAUGCCGGCGAGGUACUUAGUUGAGUCCAAAUCCUGCUAAUCCAGGAGCGUUAGUGUUACAUUCCGUGGCAAACGGACGCGGAGCGGGAGGUAAGGGAGGUAAGGAUGGUCCUCGGUUUACUUUUAGCUGAUUCCCGGUAAGCGGCAGGAACGUCCUCUUUAAACUCCGGGUAUCGGGAGGUGUUCCGGGAUUGCGGAUGCCUUCGCUGAGUUCUUUGUAAUCCUUCGUGCAGAACUAUUUCUGUGGCUUAGAGAUGCGGUUUGGUAGCGUCGCUGACAUGAUCAAUGAGGAGAAGUGGACGCAGGGCGCUCUCAGAGAAGCGCUGCUAAGUGGCACCGUGCAUGCAAUUAGGACGCUGAUGUGCUUAAAAGCGUGGUAGUGAAGUCCACCAUCAAAGGAACGCGCUCUCCUUUUUCUCCACACUCAAAGCUCCUGAAGACAAUUGGUGAUUUAAGAGCUUCUUCUGGGUCCUUUUGAUGCAUUAUCUUACAUCUCUUUUUUGCCUCUGAAAAGUGUUCUUUAGGUUCCCACCCUGGCAUUUCCAGCGACGGUUUAAAAUAGCCCAAGUAUUGUGACUCCUUGCUUUUCUGUGAAAAUGGGAGACCUUCACGGUGAACUGUUAACUGAGGAGGUUCUGAAAGAAAGGCAGACGGGUUUGCUAUAGGAGGUAAAAUGCACACUUGCUGCCCCCCAGUAACUUUGGAACAGGACCUUCACAGAAAAAUGCAUAGCUGGAUGCUGCAGAGUCUAGCGUUUGCUCUAACAUCUCUCGUCCUUUCGUGUGCAGAAACCAUCGAUUAUUAUGGGGAAAUCUGUGACAAUGCAUGUCCUUGUGAGGAAAAGGACGGCAUUUUAACUGUGAGCUGUGAAAACCGGGGGAUCAUCAGCCUCUCUGAAAUUAGCCCUCCCCGUUUCCCAGUCUACCACCUCCUGUUGUCUGGAAACCUUUUGAACCGUCUCUAUCCCAAUGAGUUUGUCAAUUACACCGGGGCUUCAAUUUUGCAUCUGGGUAGCAACGUUAUCCAGGACAUUGAGACUGGGGCUUUCCACGGGCUGCGGGGUUUAAGGAGAUUGCAUCUGAACAAUAAUAAACUGGAACUUCUGCGAGAUGAUACCUUCCUCGGCCUGGAGAGCCUGGAGUACCUACAGGUCGAUUACAAUUACAUCAGUGUCAUUGAACCCAAUGCUUUUGGGAAACUGCAUUUAUUGCAGGUGCUUAUCCUCAAUGACAAUCUCUUGUCCAGUUUACCCAACAACCUCUUCCGUUUUGUGCCCUUAACGCACUUGGACCUGCGGGGGAACCGGCUGAAACUUCUGCCCUAUGUGGGGCUGUUGCAGCACAUGGAUAAAGUUGUGGAGUUACAGCUGGAAGAAAACCCCUGGAAUUGCUCCUGCGAGCUGAUCUCUCUCAAGGAUUGGUUGGACAGUAUCUCCUACUCGGCCCUGGUGGGGGAUGUGGUUUGUGAGACCCCCUUCCGCUUACACGGCCGGGAUUUGGACGAGGUGUCCAAGCAGGAACUUUGCCCAAGGAAACUUAUUUCAGAUUAUGAGAUGAGGCCACAGACGCCUUUGAGCACCACGGGGUAUCUACACACUACCCCAGCCUCGGUGAAUUCCGUGGCCACUUCUUCCUCAGCUGUUUACAAACCCCCCUUAAAGCCCCCUAAGGGGACCCGCCAACCCAACAAGCCCAGAGUGCGCCCCACCUCUCGGCAGCCCUCCAAGGACUUGGGCUACAGCAACUAUGGCCCCAGCAUCGCCUACCAGACCAAAUCUCCGGUGCCUUUGGAGUGUCCCACCGCGUGCACUUGCAACCUACAAAUCUCCGAUCUGGGCCUCAACGUCAACUGCCAGGAGCGCAAAAUCGAGAGCAUCGCGGAGCUGCAGCCCAAGCCCUACAACCCCAAGAAGAUGUAUCUGACGGAGAACUACAUUGCGGUUGUGCGCAGGAGCGACUUCCUGGAGGCUACGGGGCUGGACCUCCUACACCUGGGCAACAACCGAAUCUCCAUGAUCCAGGACCGCGCUUUCGGCGAUCUCACCAACCUGAGGCGCCUCUACCUAAAUGGCAACAGGAUUGAGAGGCUGAGCCCGGAGUUGUUCUAUGGCCUGCAAAGCCUGCAGUAUCUCUUCCUCCAGUACAAUCUUAUACGUGAGAUUCAGUCUGGGACUUUCGACCCGGUCCCAAACCUCCAGCUGCUAUUUCUGAAUAACAACCUCCUGCAGGCCAUGCCCUCAGGCGUCUUCUCAGGCCUGACCCUUCUCAGGCUGAACCUAAGGAGUAACCAUUUCACCUCCUUGCCCGUGAGUGGAGUUCUGGACCAACUCAAGUCACUCAUCCAAAUCGACCUGCAUGACAACCCUUGGGAUUGUACCUGCGACGUGGUGGGCAUGAAGCUGUGGGUCGAACAGCUCAAAGUGGGUGUCUUGGUGGAUGAGGUCAUCUGCAAGGCGCCCAAGAAGUUUGCGGAGACCGAUAUGCGCUCCAUUAAGUCGGAGCUGCUGUGUCCAGACUACUCUGACGUGGUGGUUUCCACGCCCACGCCCUCUUCCAUCCAGGUCCCGGCGAGGACCAGCGCGGUGACCCCCGCGGUCCGGUCGAACAGCACCGGGGCCCCCGCGGGCUUGGGCGCGGGGGGAGGUGCGUCGUCGGUGCCCCUGUCGGUGUUGAUUCUCAGCCUGCUGCUGGUUUUUAUCAUGUCCGUCUUCGUGGCCGCCGGGCUCUUCGUGCUGGUUAUGAAGCGCAGGAAGAAGAACCAGAGCGACCACACCAGCACCAACAACUCCGACGUGAGCUCCUUCAACAUGCAGUACAGCGUAUACGGCGGCGGCGGCGGCGCGGGAGGCCACCCGCACGCGCACGUGCACCACCGCGGGCCCGCGCUGCCCAAGGUGAAGACGCCCGCGGGCCACGUGUACGAGUACAUCCCCCAUCCACUGGGCCACAUGUGCAAAAACCCCAUCUACCGCUCCCGAGAGGGCAACUCCGUGGAGGAUUACAAAGACCUGCACGAGCUCAAGGUCACCUACAGCAGCAACCACCACCUGCAGCAGCAGCCGCCGCCGCCGCCGCCGCCGCCGCAGCCGCAGCAGCAGCCCCCGCCGCCUCUGCAGCUGCAGCCGGGGGAGGAGGAGAGGCGGGAAAGCCACCACUUGCGGAGUCCCGCCUACAGCGUCAGCACCAUCGAGCCCCGGGAGGACCUACUGUCGCCGGUGCAGGACGCCGACCGCUUUUACAGGGGCAUUUUAGAACCAGACAAACACUGCUCCACCACCCCUGCCGGCAACAGCCUCCCGGAAUAUCCCAAAUUCCCGUGCAGCCCCGCUGCUUACACUUUCUCCCCAAACUAUGACCUGAGACGCCCCCAUCAGUAUUUGCACCCGGGGGCAGGGGACAGCAGGCUGCGGGAACCGGUGCUCUACAGCCCCCCGAGUGCUGUCUUUGUAGAACCCAACCGGAACGAGUAUCUGGAGUUAAAAGCAAAACUAAACGUUGAGCCGGACUACCUCGAAGUGCUGGAAAAACAGACCACAUUUAGCCAGUUCUAAAAGCAGAGAAACUCCCUGGGAGCUUUUGCAUUUAAAACAAACAAGCAAGCCGACACACGCGGUGAACGCAUUUGAUUAAUUGUGUUGUUUCAACGUUUAGGGUGAAGUGCCUUGGCACGAGAUUCUCAGCUUGGGCGGAAGAUACUGAAAGGGUGUGCACUUUCCUUUUAAUUUUUACACGUGGGGGAAACAUUUGUGUAAACUGGGCACAUCGAUUUCUCUUCUCUUCUCUUCUUGUGGGGGAGGGGAGCAGAAGGGUUUACGGAGGGCCGUUUGCUGCGCAAGUGACUUGCUAACGGUCGCGGUUGUUCUUGUGGUGGUUGGAAGUGCCAUUAAGAACGGUGGAAGAUGGCAGCGCAGAGAUUCUACUCUUCCUCUUUUGUUCCCUUUCCCUCCUCUUCUUCCCCGCGCCCCUUUAAGCCAUGGGUGGGUCUAAAUGGCUUUUGUGGAGAGAUUAGCACACCCCAACUUUAGUAGAAAGUUUGUUCUCUCUCUGUCCUUCCCCCUCCCCCUCCUCUCUCUUUCUCUGCCUCCCUGCCUUCCUCCCUCCUAUCUCAUUACUUUUCCUUUCUUUUUAAAGGAUGUGUUUGUAUGCAUUCUGGACAUUUGAAUUAAAAAACAAAAGUAUUGUGAUCUGGAAAAUGAUCACCAUAGAUGUGGACAAAUCAUUAAAAUUACAGAGCUAUAUGAUCCAUAAUUGAUUAGUCAAAAUAACUUAUUGAUGAAAUAUACAAAUAUUUUAUUGUAGCACCUAUUUUUAUAUACACAUUUAGCAUUUCUCUUUCCUUCACUAUUUAGCCUAUGAUUUUCACAGAGGUGUCGCACUAUAUUAGGACCUGCAUUUCCAAAACAGGAGUGAUAUCAGGAAGGCAUUUUAAAUCACUAAAAAUGUGGAGAACUUAAUGGGAAAAUCGCAAAGCCAAUGCAACCCACCCGAUUGGAUCUGUCAUUUAAAAAAAGAAAAAAAUAAUAACGGAUUGUAUCCCAAUGUAUAAAGGAAAAACAAUUAGGGCAAUUAAUUGGGCCAUUUGAGUAAGAAUCGUGUGCAAGUUUCUGGUUUUAUUAGAGAAGAUUUAAAAGUAUUUUUAUUAGUCAACCAAAAUGAUGUAUUGAUUUGACUACUAUUGUAGCCGAUUUUUGAUUGUUUAACCAAACCCAGUUGCAUUUGUACAGAUCCACAUGUACUGGCACCUCAGAAGACCAAAUGAUGGACUGUACAAAUCUCUAUACGAUGUCUUUAUCCCUCUGGGCAGCAAGCAAUGAUGAUGACCACAAACAGGAUCUCUGUAAGAUGGGGCUACUGUUGUUACAGUCUCAUAUGUAUCCCAGCACAUGUAAUUUUUUAAAUAGUUUCUGAAUAAACACUUGAUAACUAUGUCAAA